UUUUACUUUAUUGUCUAUCUUUUUUAUAUAUCGUGUAUUAGAAAGAGUAAAAAUAUACCAACACAAACUUAUUUCUAGACGAUUUGUAUUUUAUUGUACCAUUGAAGAUAUAAAUACGCUUUUACUGAAACUAUUGUAUGUAUUGGUAUUGGACAAUUUUAACAUUUUUCAUCUCGUUAUUUUUCUUGUGUUUUAUCAACAAAACAGUUCAUUAUUGUGGUAAUGGCUCUUUACGUUUGUAAGUGUUUGAAUGUAACUCUGGAAAGUGAUAAAUUUCAAGAUAAUGUCGAUAUUGAGAAGCUGGAAUUAUCAACUUCCGAACAAAGGGAUAUUUUUUUCAGUGAGAAAAUUCUGUCAUGUCCUAUUAGUUCUUUAAAGAUAAAAAGCACACAGCAAGCAUUGUUAGGUCUUCGCACUGUGGGUCGCUGGGAUAUUCAUACAUGCCUGGCUUGCAAUCAAAGUACUUAUGCUGUAUUAAAGGACAAAUCUAAUGGGCCUUGUGUUGCUCUCAUUGCCAAGUCUACUCUUACUACUAUAGAACGUGUAAAUGCUCUGAGGAAAUCAAAUAACUUCUCACCAGUCUUCAAUUUGUUGGUCCCUGAAGUAACCAAUGAUAUUGAAAUGAAAGAGAACAUAGAUACAAAUAAUCGCAUGUUUAGUGAUAACAAAGUGUUGCCAACACAGAACAUGAUAGGUAGCCUUAACAAGCAGCUCAACCAGACCCUGGAGUCUCAACUAGAAGCUAUCGAGGAUUCAGUACGACAAUUUAGAGAUCAGAAAUAUGCAGAAUAUGAAGCAUACAAAGAUAGAGCUCAAAGAGAUCACAAGAUUUUAGCUAGCAUUGUAUGCAAGGCGCGCGCAUCUACUGUGGACAGUGAUGGCUGGAGAGUGGACACAAGUCUCGACAAUGGUCCGCCAUCACCACAGCUACCUCCACUCCAGAGAAGAAGACUGUCCUCCUUCAAAGAUGCCAAAAAAGUUUCACAAAAUAUUGUUAAGGCUAGAAACGUCCCUCAAGAGGAAGAUUCUUUGGACGCUGAAGAUCUUUUCGAUUUAGAAGGCAUGGACUCACGCAACAACAUGAUAUCGGACCAUGACGAUUAUGAUUCAGACCUUUCUAUAGAAGGCAGCAACGACGAGGGUAUCCAUAUCGCACGUCGCCGCCCCUACGCCGCUGGAGGAGACAUUGCCCACUCGCUGCCAAUCGAUAUGCCAAAAUUCCCCGACGACCGUACCACACGCAGAGAAAUCGAUGACGAUGAGGAGCCGCAGGACAUAGCUGCUAGCAUCAAAGCAUUGGCCCGGUCUGUACACGGCGACGUGUUCGAACUACCGCGCCCACGUUUCUCUACUCAGAUCUAGCUACAGUCGGCACUUCUUGCUCAGACCUCUCGCCUUACCUAUGUUAAACUUCGUUAACUCUGUAACGAUAAGUCCUGAUCUUCAAAAAUAGUGUUGAAAUUAGAAUAUCUCAUCGAGUUGUGUAAAUUUGAGUGUGCUUGCGUAUCGAAGUGAGCUCGGGCCCACACUGGUGCUUUAGUUUGUGAUUACAAUGAGCCAACUCCAUGUUGCCGAAUAACGUCUGAUACAGUUAAUGAUCGUGUCAGUCUACUUCUUGUUUUAAAACAGACAAUGACAUUUGUAUGUGGUCGUAUGAAACUGAUACCAUGAUAAUAUGUAUGAAUGAAUCGAAAAAGUUAAAUGAUGUAGUUAAGUUUGACUUGAUAAGAAGCCAUAUUUUUUGUAUUGUCAUGUCGCAUGAUUUAGUAGUUAAGAUAUAAACAUAAAGCAGCUGAAUAAUAUAUAUGUAUGAUAUAGUUUAAUUAAUUGAACAUUAUGAAAAGAAAUCGGUUUCUCGUAGCUAACAAAUUUCAUAGAAAUGCAGUGUUAAUUAAAUGAAUGAAAUAUCAGAAUGAUGUAAUCAAUUAUAUAAAGUUUACAAUCUACUAAUUUCUAUAAAAAUCAAAAUAAUUUACUAUUUCAAAUUAAUAAGUUAUACUUAUGCCUGCUGAUUCAGUUUGUUUCACUGAUACUACCAAUUUAAUAGAAAAAUAAGACUAUAACAAAGAGGCUAUGAAAUGUUACAAUAAGAGAGUACCUAAUUUAUGUAGAUAACCGAAAUUGUUAUAAUGUAUCUAAAUACAAUAAGUCAGGUGAGUAUAAUCAAUUAUAUAAAUAACGCUGAGAAUUGGAAGUCGGAUCCACACUACAAUUUGUUGGCAAUCCAUAAUAAAUGUCUGUAAUGGCCAAAUGGCAAAAUCCAUCAUACCAUAAAGUACCUAUUCGACCGUUUCGUAAAACUGUGGAAUUCUAUAACAUUUUUAUUGAUUUUUAACGUCCAAGUUGUAAAUUUAUUUAUCGAUAUUUAGCCAUAUCAUUACUUUAGACAGUCCUAAGAUGUAUACAAAAAAAUGUUUCUAAAUUUAUGAAUUCAUCAGGAACUUAUUUAUUGACAUUUUACUAUAA